AUGUCUGAUACAGAGCCAGUGGAGCGUGGUACACCCCAGGGCUCGAUCCUCUCGCCGUUAUUAUUCUCUAUUAUUAUUAACGGCUUACCAGAAUCUCUCUCAGGAUCUGAUUGGCCCUGGGGGCCCUUCACCCCACACCAGGCAAGGGACCUGGAGGUGGAGGCCGGUAUAGUACCUCUAUCAAUAAGGAGGAAAUCACAAACAUUAAAAUAUUAUACCCGGGUUCGAGCCUCUGCGGCAGACAACCCGGUCCGUGGACUGCUGGGAAAAGGCCACUAUACACUAAAUAGGUUUAAAGACCCAGUCCUCCCCUUUGGUGCUGCAACGCAGGACCUAGCGGAGGACUGUGGUAUUAAGGAUUCAAACAUUGUUGAGAAGCGGCCCAUGGAGGUUCCGCCGUGGACCCUAACCUUGCCUGAGGUCGACAUCACGUUACAAGAAAAAGUGAACAAAUCUGAUUUGCCGCAUCUCGCAAAUACAGAAACAAAAAUAUUAAUUAACAAAUAUAUAGGUCAAACACAUAUUUAUACAGAUGGAUCAAAAGACCCGGACUCUGGCAGGGUUGCCUCGGCUGUAGUAAUACCUUCCAUACAAUAUGAAAAAAUUGAUAGGUUAACUAAUAAUACAUCCAUCUAUACCGCCGAGCUCCUUGCUAUUAGAAAUGCUAUGUGCUGGAUUCAGGACAGUGAUAUAACAAAAGCUGUCAUUUUCUCGGAUUCACUUUCUUCACUGAUCUCACUGAAAUCCAACAACAGUCAGUCGAGACCAGAUUUAUUAAAUGAAAUAAUUCUAUUAUAUAAUAAAGUCCUAAAUGUAGGAAAACAGGUUACCAUAGUUUGGUGUCCAGCACAUAUAGGGAUCUCAGGCAAUGAACAGGCAGACAGGGCGGCCAAAAUGGGCUUAAACCUCAACAAUGUCACUGAAUCAAUCUCACUCUCCCCCACUGAGAUAUAUUCCAAAAUAAAAAAAUAUAUAGUUCAUUUGUGGCAAACUGAGUCCAAUUCAUGCCAGGAUCAGAGGAAACAUAUAAAUAGCUCAGUGGGGCUCAGUCGCCCAGUUCAAUAUUCAAAUAUUUUAAAAAUAGAUAGGGCCAUAACAAGACUGAGGUUGGGCACAACCCUAUUACCAGGGGAUUCUGGUCAAUAUAUCAAGAAAAUGAGCCCCAAUUGUGCCCAAUGUGGAGUGAGAUAUAAUAUAUCCCACCUAUUGCAUGAGUGCGACCAGUUCAGGGACCAUAGAUAUGAACUGCGGUCGGCACUUGGUGCUGUAGGUUUGGGAUAUAGCACACAAAAUAUUCUAAACCCACCAAAGAAAUAUUCAGUACAUAUUUUUAAAGCUUUAGAGUUAUUCAUUCUUAACUGUUGUCUAACAGACAAAAUUUAA